AUGCAGGUGCAACUCCCGCUGCAAAUUGGCACGCGAGUGGAUUGCAGAUGGCGAGAUGGGGAGUACUACACAGCAAGGGUGGUGGAGAGGCGGCUGUUGGAUGGCUCUGAGGUCCAUGAGUACUAUGUGCACUACCUCAAAUUCAACAGAAGGAUGGAUGAGUGGGUGAAGCUGGAGAACUUGAAUUUGAACACAGUGGACGUGGCAGACAUUGAGGGCCCAGACAACAAAGGGUCAAAGAAGCGCAGGGCAGGGGAUGAGUUGGAGGAUGAGCACCACGGCGACUUUGAUCCCAACGAGCUGAGGCAGCACGAGGAGUUCACUAAGGUGAAGAACGUUGACAAGAUCGAGCUUGGGCGGUAUGAGCUGGAGACGUGGUACUUCUCACCACUCCCGCCCGAGUACAACAACUGCAAGUGUCUGUACUUUGCGGAGUAUGAUCUGGCGUUCUUCAAGACCCGGGACGAGAUGAUUCGCCACCUGCGCAAGUGCAAGCUGCAGCACCCUCCCGGCGAUGAGAUCUAUCGCAACAACACCAGCCGUAAUCUGACUUCUGAGCAGGUGGAUGGCAAGAAGGAGAAGCAGUACUGCCAGAACCUGUGCUACCUGGCAAAGCUGUUCCUGGACCACAAGACGCUCUACUACGACGUGGACCUUUUUCUGUUCUAUGUCCUCUGUGAGAACGAUGAGAGGGGAUCCCACAUCGUUGGGUACUUCUCAAAGGAGAAGUGCAGCGAGGAAGGCUACAAUCUGGCUUGCAUCCUGACGCUGCCAUCAUAUCAGCGCAAGGGCUACGGCAAGUUUCUGAUCGCGAUGAGCUAUGAGCUGUCCAAGAUUGAGGGCAAAGUGGGCACGCCUGAGCGGCCCCUGUCUGACCUGGGCAACGUGUCCUACAGAGGGUACUGGACUCGCGAGCUGCUCAAGGUGCUGCAGGUGCGCGAGGGCAGCGUGUCCAUCAAGGAGCUGAGUGACAUCACCGCCAUCAAGACGGAUGACAUCAUCAGCACCCUGCAGCACCUCAACCUCAUCCAGUACCAGAAGGGGCAGCACGUCAUCUGCGCCGCGCCAUCCGUCAUCGAUCGCACCCUCAAAGCCGCCGGCUCUCCUGGCCUCGAAGUGGAUCCUAGCAAGAUUGUGUGGACGCCAUACUCGGCUGAGGCUGAGUACCGGCAGUUCAGGAACUAG